ACCCCCGAUCGGUAGUGACGAGCAGAACCUGAUCUGUGCUGUUACGUACGUACAUCCGAUAUUCACGAAGAAAGUGCAAUAAUGCAAGGAUGAUAUGGAGAAGAUACCCUCUAAUUCAAUGUUAAUAGGAAAAUUCAAGAUGCCAAGAUCACCUCGGAAUUACACAUAUAUUUUAGUCAUUUUAUCUACUUUCGCAAUAUCAUUAGUCAAUGGACAAGUUCCAACAUGUGAUAAUUUCAAUGGAGGAUGUAGUGAUAUAUGUACGCCCCUAUCUGCAUCAGGAGGAGUAAUAUGUUCGUGUACAGACAACAAAACGUUAGCCAACAAUAACAGAGUCUGUGUCCCACCAGAUACAAAAGUUUGUGAUGGAUCGACCCAGUUUACAUGUGCCAAUGGAGAUAAAUGUAUACCACUCAUCCAGGCUUGUGACAUCACUGAUGACUGCGGGGACGAGUCUGAUGAGGGAACUAACUACUGCUAUGACCAUAAAUGCGGUGUAGAUCAGUUCACAUGUGACAACGGAAAAUGUAUUUAUGAACAGUUUAAAUGUGAUUUCUUCAAUGAUUGCUUCGAUAACAGUGAUGAAAACCCAGACAUAUGUGGAUUUGUUACAUGUUCCCCUGGAUCGUUUGCGUGUGCCAAUGGUAUCUGUAUAUCAAACACUUCUCUAUGUAAUGGUAUUGAUGAAUGUUUAGAUGGCAUGGCUAGUGAUGAACUUGGUUGCCCCGACAGAACAUGUUCCCCUGGUACUGUCCCGUGUGAGAACAGUAAUAUCUGUAUUCCACCCCAGUGGCUGUGUGAUCGAUCUAAUGACUGUGGUGAUAACUCGGAUGAAGACAGCUCUUUCUGCAGAAACCGAACAUGCUCAGUGGAAGAUUUCUUGUGUCAAAGUGGUAACUGUAUCCCAGGAGCCUGGUUCUGUGAUGAAAGAUCAGAUUGUCCUGAUGGCGACGACGAGGUUGAAGAUGUCUGCACUGCUCCUAAUUUCACUUGUCAUUAUGGUCUCUUUACCUGUGAUGACGGAACAUGUAUCACUGAGGAAUGGGAAUGUGAUGGUAUACCAGAAUGCCCAGACGGCUCAGAUGAAUACAGAAGUUGCCCGGAAUAUGUUUGCCCGGAAAACUUCUACAAGUGUGAGCAGAAGAAGCAUCUAAAGAACAGAUGCAUCCCCGACACUGCUGUAUGUGAUGGACAGGUUGAUUGUGCCAUGGGAGAUGAUGAAUUCCAGAACUGCACUAUGCGUACCUGUAUGCCAGGAGAGUAUUCAUGUCGAAAUGGUCUUUGUAUCAGAGAUGAAUUCCUCUGUGACCAUGAGAACGACUGUGGGGAUCAAUCAGAUGAAGGAUCAGCGUGUAACUAUGCUCGAUGUGAUCCUGAAACGGAAUUCACCUGUAACAACGGUUUGUGUGUGAUGGCAUCCUGGGUAUGUGACGGUGUUAGUGAUUGCAGAGAUCGUUCCGAUGAACACGGAUGUGAUGAAAACACACCUACAUGUGCUCCUGGUGAAUAUAUGUGUGGAGAUGGAUCCUGUAUUCUACAACAACUCGUUUGUAAUAACGAACCUGACUGUAAUGAUGGUUUAGAUGAAUACCGCUGCGGGGUGAAUGAAUGUGAGAACAAUGCCACUGGGUGCCAUCAUAACUGUGUGAACACGGCUAAUAGUUACUACUGCACAUGUAAUGAUGGGUUCCGGUUGAACGCUGACGGGCGAACGUGUGACGAAAUAAACGAGUGUGUUGAGACUCCGGGAAUCUGUAGCCAGAUAUGUGAGAACACGGUUGGAGGAUACAUCUGUAUGUGCGUUGAUGGCUACACCCUACGUAAUGAUAGGAGAUCGUGUAAACACAACUCGGCAAUUGAUCCCAUAAUCAUCUUCAGCAACAUAUACUAUGUUCGGUCUCUCUCACUUGAUGGACGUGAAUACAAUCUGAUCGCAGACGACUUCGGGAGCGCUGUAGCUUUUGAUUUCGACUAUGCUGAGAGUCGUCUCUACGUCAUGGAUAUAGUGCGAGGGCACAUCCUUCGAAUGUGGGUGAACGGAACAGAUCGUGAGGUCAUCAUCGACGACUUCGUCAACGGUGGAGAGGGAAUGUCUGUUGAUUGGGUUGGAAGAAAACUGUACUGGGUUGAUAGUGUUAACGAUGUGAUGGAGGUAGCUGAGCUGGAUGGUAGUCAGAGGAAAACGUUAGUCUAUACUGGAAUGGAUCAACCAAGGGCUGUGGUGGUUAACCCUAAACAUGGUCACGUGUACUGGACUGACUGGGGUCUCGAUGCCUAUAUUGGACGUGUAGGCAUGGAUGGUACAGGAAAGACUCGUUUCCAUGACAACAGGAUGGUCUUUCCAAAUGGACUGACCAUUGAUUAUGCUGCAGAGCGACUAUAUUGGUGUGAUGCCCAUCUAAAUCAUGUAGCAUUUUCUGACUUGGACGGUAACACCCUCCAUAUAGUACCAACCCGAGGCACACCAUUGGCACACCCUUUUGCCAUCUCACUAUUCGAAGAUGACGUCUACAUAACAGACUGGAAUGAGAAAACAAUACGUCGGUUUGACAAACUCGGUGGACGGCACAUCAUGGAGUAUGUGGAAACCCUUCAGCUACCAAUGGAUAUACAUAUCUAUCAUCCACUCCGACAGGACCAAACUCUCGUCAAUCCCUGUGGAUCGAACAAUGGAGGUUGUUCACACAUGUGCCUUAUUGCCCCUGGCGGUCAGAGCUUCACAUGUGCUUGUCCAGACAGUUUCGUGCUCGAUGACGACGGUGUUACCUGUCUGGCAGACUGCUCGUCCAAUCAGUUCGCCUGUGCCAACCAAGAAAAAUGCAUCCCGUUGUCAUGGAGAUGUGAUACAGAGAAGGAUUGUUCUGAUGGGUCAGACGAGCCUGUGGAUUGUCCUACACGAUACUGUCCUGAUAGAAACUUUCAGUGUGAUGAUACUGCCUGUGUUCCAUCUACUGAGAUCUGCAACGGAGAAGGGAAUUGUUUAGACGGAUCCGACGAAGCUCAUUGUAAUACGACAGUAUGUCAGCCAUGGGAGUUCCGAUGUGGUACAGGAUCAUGUAUUAACCAUGUUCUAGCUUGUAAUGGAGUAGAGAACUGUCCGGAUGGCUCUGAUGAAGUACAGGAUGUGUGUGCUGAACGGGGAUGUUCUGAAGGCUACUUCCAGUGUGGUACUGGGUACUGCAUCCCACAAACAUGGGUGUGUGAUCUCGACAAUGACUGUGGAGAUGCCAGCGAUGAACCUUUAAGAGAAUGUCAAUCACGAGCCACCUGUCCAAGUGGUUGGUUCUCAUGUGUGUCUAACUACCGCUGUGUGCCGUCUUGGGCUGUGUGUAAUGGUUAUGAUGAUUGCCGAGAUAACUCUGACGAAGAACAGUGCGCUACGGCCACUUGUGAAGUUGGUGAGUUCCAGUGUGUAAAUGGAGACUGUAUCCCUGAACGUUGGGUGUGUGACUUUGAGAAUGAUUGUACCGACGGAUCUGAUGAGCAAACUUGUACUUUUAGACAAUGUUCAGAGAGUGAGUUCCGUUGCACUUCAAACAAGUGCAUCCCACAGAGAUUCGUAUGUGACUUUGAGGAAGAUUGUCCCGGAGGAGACGACGAGGUCGCUUGUCCGGAACGAAUGUGUUACUUCCCAAGUCAGUUCCAGUGUGCCAGUGGUCACUGUAUUGAUGAAAGUUUUGUGUGUGAUGGAACCAGUCAGUGUCAAGACUCAUCAGAUGAAAUAGACUGUCCCACCAGACUUCCUCAAGGUUUAUACUGCUACCCAAACCAAUUCACCUGUGAUGACACGGUAUGUCUCCCUCUUAGUUGGAGAUGUGAUGGAACGAAUGAUUGUCCUGAUGGUAGCGAUGAAACCCUUUCAUUAUGCUCAUCCAUACCCUGUGAUCCAGAAGAAAGAUGGCGUUGUGAUAAUGGUUUCUGUAUUCCACGGAGUGGUCUGUGUGAUGGCGUUGAUACGUGUGGUGAUGCCAGCGAUGAAAAUAACCACGAUUUAUGUGAUGAAGUAAGACAGUGUACACCUGAUGAAUUCAAGUGCGUCAAUCAGAAUUGCAUUUCUCAAGAAAAUGUAUGUGAUCUUCAGGACGAUUGUGGUGAUAUGUCAGAUGAGUAUGGCUGCUAUGAUUCUGGUAGUUGUUCAGAAGACAAUGGAGGAUGCCAGGAAGUGUGUAUUCCGUUGCUCUUAGGAUACUACUGCUCAUGCGCAGAUGGACAUCAAUUAGCAGAUGAUAGAUCAGGAUGUGAAGAUAUUGAUGAGUGCUUAGACAACCCAUGUCAGCAGCAGUGUUCAAACACCAAGGGAUCGUAUGAAUGUAGCUGCUCUGAGGGUUACCAAGAUGAUGGUGUCAUCUUAAACGGUCAAGAUUGCAAGGCAAUAGGUGCCAGACCUCAGUUCUUCUUUGGUGAAGAUGAUGAAGUUCGUUAUUUCGACGAUGAGACAAAGAACUACGGGGUACUUCUCACUACUCAAGGAAUCAUCCGGUCUCUGGAUUAUAAUUUUGACGAAGGUGUUGUGUAUUGGAUCGACCCUGCUAUACCUGCUCUGAUGAGGGCCUAUAUACCAGAGAGUGAUGAGACCACAGUACCUGAUGAACUGCCACUUUUGAAUAUAUACCGCCCUCAAAAUUUAGCGGUAGACUGGUUUGGAGGAAACCUUUACUGGACCGACCUUGGUGAGGAAACAGAUGAAGGUGAUGAUAACAACUCGAGGAGGAAGAAGAGAAACAGUCCUCAUCCCUCCUUAUCCAUCUCUACAGCAACCCUGGAUGGGCGUUACCGUCGUGUUCUAGUAGAGGAUGGUAUUGAGAUGCCGGCUGCUUUAGCUGUUAAUCCCCGAAGAGGGGUCUUCUAUUGGUCUGACAUCGGUGCCUUACCUAAGAUUGAAAUGGUUUGGAUGAAUGGUAAUGGACGUCAGAUCUUGGUAGAUACAACCAUUGAGAUGCCUACUGGUCUGGCCAUUGACUUUGCUAACAGAGAUACAGUAUAUUGGUGUGAUCAGAGCAGGAAUGCUAUCGAAUCAAUGGACUGGGAUGGUAGCAAUAGAAAGAUCUUGAGAGCUGCAUCAACCUUGUCCAGGCCACGAAAUUUGGAUGUCUUUGAGAAUAGCAUCUUCUUCACCACUGCUGCCCUCGGGACUGAGGGGGAGAUCCGCCGUCUUGACAAGCUAGGACGUGGUGUUUCUGUGACUGAGAUUCCUAACAUUAAUGAACCCAGUGGACUAAAGCUCUAUCAGGAACAGAGAUAUAACCUCGAUGUUGUGAAUCGUUGUGAGGAUAGUCCGUGCAGUCAUCUUUGUUUUCUGAUACCGGUCAAUGAUGGUAGAACACGUACAAGGGGCUAUGCCUGUGGAUGCCCGGAUGGUGAUUCCUUCCAAACAGGAAGUACAACAAGAUGCAGAAGUGCCACCAUGGAGCCGCGACCUCUUCCCGAUCCGAUCCCUAAUUGCCCUUGUCUCAAUGGAGGAGUGUGUCUGGAUGAUGGAACGUGCGAGUGCAGAGAUGGGUGGACAGGAGAGAACUGUGCAGCUCAAGCUCUGAAGCAAAAAGGACUAAAUGCUGGAGCUACUGCUGGCAUAGCGGUUGGUUGUGCAAUUCUGGUUCUUAUCGUAGCAAUAGUUGUCUUCCUGAUUAUCAGAAAGAGAACUGGAAUUGUGAAAACGCCAAAGAGAGAAGGUCAUGUGACCUAUAGGACAGGAACCAAUGUAGAGCUUCCAUUCCAGGGCCAUGAUGCUCCUGAUCAUGCUGCCUUUGAGAACCCUAUCUUUGCCAACGGAAACCGUAACAUUGAGGAAAAUAUUUACAUGAACGACGAAGAGCUCGCUGCCGAGGGGUAUUACGACCCCAACACCGGGCUUGAGAAACCUCCCCUAACUGGAGGACCUGAUGAUGCUGUGUACCUCCCUGAAAAGAUGGGGAUUCCAGAAGGUGGUAUUGAUGCCUCUGCCAUCCCUCCUCCACCGGAUGAUCUGCCUCCACCCCCUCCUGAGCUUCAGAUUAGUGUAGAGGGUGGGAUGAAUGGUCAGGCAAGGAUGGUUCCUUUACCAGAGAUGGACCUUAUGACCCCGCCUACGUCUCCAACAUUUAGUCCAACCGAAGGAGAGGGGGACAGGAACACACUGGUCUUUCAGGAUGAUGAUGAAUGAGGACCAGAAAUUAUCUUGUCCUAUUCUGGAACCCAGAUAGACAAAAAACUCUUUGAAUGUUUCCUUGAUCAAGAUCCAGAAAUAUACUUCUACUUCCAAAGAUAGAAUCACUAAAGGAUUUUGAUUAAUCACACAUGUAUUCAUAGUUUUAGAUAAAUUAUUCAAUAUUAAAUGUACCUAUUAAAAAAUUGUAUGCUGUACCCCUUUACUGAGCUCAUAACACAUAUUAUAGAAGUCAUCAUUAUACCAUAUGUUGGGGUCUGUACUAUAGUACUCUGUUUUCAUGGUAUACAUGUAAAACUAUGCUGGUAUAGUAGUGUAUACCAUGAAUGUAUGUGUGGUAUUCAUGAAAAUUUGUGCCUUUUAAAGUGUUUUCCAUACUUUUUUUAAUAGACCUAGGUUUAGACAUUUUAUAGCUAGAAACAAGAAACAAUAGAUUUAAAAAAAUCACCUUGACUAAAAAGUCAUAAACAAUUCUAAAAUACUCUGGUGUGCUUUUCUUCGUAAUUAUAGAAUAUGCCACCUCGAAUUGACAAAAGUACCAAAGAUUACAUUGUGUAGCUUCAUUGUGUUGAUAUAUUCAGAAUUAAUAGUGGUAUUGCUACUGUAUAUGAAUGUGUUAUGGCGUUUGUCCAUUCUAAGUGUUUUAUCGUGUUUACCAGCUAAAAUCGUGCAUUUCUGUUAAUCUCUUCCCUGAAUUGAUACCAAAGCUCUUCCAUGUUAUGUGAUAUUAGCUGUGAUGUAACACUUGGAGAAAUUAGUCUGCCAUAUAAAGCAGAGUGUAACAAUAAUUUCCAAUAAAGCUAUCAUGAAUUUCUCACUCAACAUUCUUCUUCAUAUAAAAAAUAUGUUUCUAUUGUUAUCCAAGCUUGAAUAAUCAAAUAACAUUAAUAUCUACACAAUUAUUUUUAACUGUAAAUGUGUAUAUUUGUUAGUAUUUCAUGUCCUGUUUGUUUUAAUUGAGUAUUCAAUUCGUUUUAGAAUAAUUGAGAGUACUUCAUUUCCUUGUUUGAAAAGCAACUAUCAAUAUAUGUUAACUUUCAUGUUUGUAUAUGUGCUGUAUUACCAUCCUUAUUGUCAGUACUUAAGUGACUGAGUAGCAACCAACUAACCUCUAUUAUAGUACUAUUUUGAAUGUGUACAGAUGUAUUCAAAACACAAAGAAUGUAUAUUCAAGAGAUAAGCUUCAAUCAAUUAAGCUGGGCUCCUAGCAAAGGGUACCUACUUGUGAUGAUGUCUGAUAAAGAAACCAAUCUCUUGAUAUAUUCCUGUGUGCAACAUCAUAGCCGAUAGGCAGUAUUACUGUAAUUAGAUGUUUAUAUUUUGAUCACAACUUUUACAUGUACCAAAAUAUUAGUAACUUUAUAGAUUUUCUAUGCAAACAUGCUGUGUUGCAGAUAUAUUUUAAAGAACAAUCAAUAUGAAUAUGUACAUAAAUUUGGGGAAAGAGAAAUUUUACAUUUGAAUGCAGGUAAGAAGUAUUGAAGUCAUUGUUGCCUAAAUUAAUAAUUUUCUCCAAAAAAGUCAUAAGAAAAAAAAGCAAUAUUUUCACUAUUUAGACUGGUGAUUAUAAUUUUUCUAAAACAUUUCCUAACCUGUUAACUGGACAAGAAAUUAGAUGUAAAUCAUUUUGUAGGAUUUAACUGUGAUACCAAACACAAUUUAAAGUAGUAUAUCCAAUUCAAUAUACCAUGUAGAUCAAAACCUCUGUUCAUCAUUUGUGCAAUGUAAACAAUGAUGAAUAUCUAAUGGAAUACUGUAUGCAUUGACUCGAUUCUUGAGAAAUGGGUUUAAAAAAUGGUUUAAAUGUACUUUUUAUUUCAAAAAAUGCUCCGAGUAACAGUAUAUAUAUCAAAUUUUUAUGUACAGUUGAUGUAGUCAAACACAUAUAUAAAUGUUUUCAAUUUGUAUGAUCCUUAAUACUAUUGAAAAUAAUUGAAACAAAUGUAUUCUUGUCUGUGUAUAUUUUUGAAUAUUUAGUAUUUUUAAAUGAACCAAUAAAUUGUAUACAAAAUA